ACCACAAACACACACUUUACCUCCAGAAACCAGACCUCCAGCACCGAGAGACAGACAGCCGGAGACACAGACAGACAGACACACAGACAGUCACACAGUGAGCGCUAGCAGGAGGCUAACAGCUAACACCGACAUGGCGAGCGCUUCGUACCACAUCUCCAACCUGCUGGAGAAAAUGACCUCCAGCGACAAGGAUUUCAGGUUUAUGGCCACGAACGACCUGAUGACGGAGCUACAAAAAGACUCAAUCAAACUGGACGACGACAGCGAGAGGAAGGUGGUGAGGAUGAUUCUCAAACUGUUGGAAGACAAGAACGGAGAGGUUCAGAAUCUGGCCGUCAAAUGCCUGGGGCCCCUGGUCAGUAAGGUGAAGGAGUACCAGGUGGAGACGAUCGUGGACACUCUGUGCACCAACAUGCUGUCGGACAAAGAACAGCUCCGAGACAUUUCCUCCAUCGGACUCAAAACUGUCAUCGGAGAGUUACCGCCUGCCUCCAGUGGCUCUGCUCUGGCUGCCAGUGUUUGUAAGAAGAUAACCGGUCGAUUGACGAGCGCCAUCGCCAAACAGGAAGACGUGUCUGUCCAGCUGGAGGCGCUCGACAUCAUGGCUGACAUGCUCUGCAGACAGGGAGGUCUGCUGGUGAACUUCCAUCCCUCCAUCCUCAGCUGUCUGCUCCCUCAGCUCACCUCCCCCAGGCUGGCCGUCAGAAAGAGGACCAUCAUGGCUCUGGGCCACCUGGUGAUGUCCUGCGGGAAUCUGGUCUUCAUCGAUCUGAUCGAGCACCUUCUGACCGAGCUGGGGAGGAACGACAACAUGUCGACCACCAGAACCUACAUCCAGUGCACGGCCGCCAUCAGCAGACAGGCGGGACACAGGAUCGGCGAGUAUCUGGAGAAGAUCAUUCCUCUCGUAGUGAAGUUUUGUAACGUCGACGACGACGAGCUCAGAGAGUACUGCAUCCAGGCCUUCGAGUCGUUUGUCAGGAGGUGUCCUAAAGAAGUUUACCCCCACGUCCCCACAGUCAUCUCCAUCUGCCUGCGCUACCUGACCUACGACCCCAACUACAACUUUGACGAUGAAGACGAGGACGACAACGCCAUGGACGCUGAGCAGAACGACGAAGACUACCAAGGCAGCGAUGAUGAGUACAGCGAUGACGACGACAUGAGCUGGAAGGUUCGACGGGCGGCAGCCAAGUGUCUGGACGCCGUCGUUUCAACUCGUCACGAGAUGCUGCCAGAGUUUUAUCGCUCCGUCUCUCCUGCACUCGUCUGUCGCUUCAAGGAGAGGGAGGAGAACGUGAAGGCGGACGUUUUCCACGCCUACCUGUCGCUGCUCAAACAGACCAGACCGGCUCAGAGCUGGUUGGCUGAUCCAGACGCCAUGGAGCAGGGAGACACGCCGCUCACCAUGCUGCAGAGCCAGCGUAAGAUCCCAAUCCGGAUGGGUCCCACAAUCCCGGACUUUGAUGCAAGAGUCCGGUGA